UUCGCAUCUAUUAGAAUGGAAAACACGGCAGAGAAAGAGUUAAACACUGCUAAGAAUAAACAGAAACCAAACUUGGAGUACGAAUUCGCAACGACCACCACUCUUCAUGGCAUCAGUCGGGUGGCGGAGAGCAACGGGGCUCGAGCCAAGACACUAUGGGUCCUCGUGCUGCUGAUCGCCGGCUGCUUCUAUGUGGUCGUUACGGUGGACCGUGUUCGAGCCUACCUGAAGUUUGAUGCCAACACCAACGUCAUCGUCGAAUUCAACGACACUCUGGAGUUUCCGGCAGUCACAAUUUGCAACUACAACCGCUUCAUGAACAACAAGAUCUCCGAGGACGACACAAAAUAUGUUAGACACCUGCUAGAGCUGAACGAGGACUUGGUGGACUAUGAGGAGGAUUUCAAUUACACCCAUAUCGACGAUCUGUUUGGAGAAGGAUUCAACUACACCCAGUUUGCCCUGACCACUGGGUUCACACUUAAUGAAUCUGUGAUUCGCUGCGACUGGAAAGGUGUUGCGUACAGCUGCAAUGCCCUCAAUUUCUCGUCUUACUACUCGCCAUCCUACGGCCAGUGCUACACGUUUAACACUCGCGGUGACCAACACAGUCACGAACAAAGUCAGCAAGGCAUCGGCAAUGGACUUCAGCUGAUCGUCGACAUAGGACAGUCCGAGUACACGGAAACUUUCAAAAGUGGCCACUUGGAAGCCGGGCUGAAAUUUGCCAUUCACCCACGCGACGAGUUGCCCUUGAUUGGUACUAUGGGCUUAUCGGCAGCCCCUGGGUUUCACACGUACGCGUCAAUGCGUCGGGUACGCCACAUCAACCUCCCCGAACCGUGGGGCGUCUGCGGAACGGGAGAAACAAUGGCUGUAACGGGAGAUUCCAGAAAAUACAGCCGCAACACGUGCUUGAGAAUUUGUCGUCGCGAUGCCAUCAUUGAGGUGUGCGGAUGCCAACCUUUUGGGUACGAAAGGGCAGUCGAGCCGGACUCAUCCGAGCUCGUACCGCUGUGUGACAUCGACCGGUUCUACUGCGUCGCACACGCACUCGAGCGCUACAGGGCUUCAUUCUCCGCGUUGGAUUGCACGUGCCCCGUCGCAUGCGAAUACAUAACCUACGAGACAGCGCUCUCCGUGGCAAAGUAUCCUAGCCAGAGCGUGAUCAAUGACAUUCUCAGCGGCUUUCCUGACGACGAAGCGAGCAAAGCGGGCGCUGUCGACGCCGAGUACCUGGACGAAAACCUGGUGUACUUGGAUGUAUACUUCGAGGAGCUCAGCACCAUUACGUACAAGCAGGUGGAGGCUCUGCCUUUUACGGCUCUGGUCGGGGAUAUGGGCGGCCAACUCGGACUCUUUCUUGGGGCCAGUAUCAUCACCGGGGCGGAGCUACUGGACUAUGCCAUACGACGACUGAAGCUGCUGAUCCUGAAGGUAAAAUCGGCGAAAAAGAUACGAUCGGGCCUGAUGAGAUCCUAAUGGCCGAGGACAGGAAUCAUCAUGCGUUCGGAAGGGAGGCUACGAAAAUUCGUCGAUAUAAUUCCCAAUGCCACGGAAUCUACGCCCUUAGUUGCGACUGAGAUAUCAACCGGAUGAAAAUGACAGGAAAUAACACGGGAACAAGACUGAAACGACGCAGCAUGGGGAAACAGAGUAUUUAAAAAAUGCAAAAGAGAUACGAAAUAGAAAUGUAGGCUUAGGUAUAA